CAAUUUCUAGUCUUUUUUACACGUAGUAAGUUUCAAUAACUCCAUACCAUUACAUAUCGACAUUCAAGGAGCAAAGAUGAGACGUCGUUGUGUGGUGAGAACUGAUAGAAAAUCGUAAACAACAACAAUCGCCGGUGGGGAGAAGCCAUUUUUCCAUUGACUGGAAGCCUGCUUUAUUUAUUGUAGGUUACAAAAAAUAAAGAAAAUGGCGGCAUUGUUGUUGUUUACGAUUUUGUAUCAGUUCUCACCACACAACGACGUCUCAUCUUUGCUGCUUAAAUGUCGGUAUGUAAUGGUAUGGAGUUAUUGAAACUUACUACGUGUAAAAAAGACUAGAAAUUGAAUGUUUAUUUUUAAGCCUCGAAAGUUGCACUGGGUGCCUUUAAGAAGGGCUGGUGAUGGUGGGGUUUCAAUUCUACUGGAAUUUGUUAUGAAGGGCUGGUUAUGGUCGCCGUGAUCGUGGGGUCCAGGAAGUUGGGGGUCAACCCGGACAACCUGGCCAUGUCCAUCGCAGCGAGCCUGAGUGACCUCAUCACCUUGUCACUGCUCGCUGCCAUCAGCAGCUUCCUGUUCCACCACAGAGACCUGUGGUUCCUGCCCCCUGCGGUUGGCCACUACUUCCUGCUCCUCAUACCCCUCUGGGUCUCCGUCACCCGAUGCUCCCCACCAAUAGAGGUGCUGCAAUCGGGCCUAGUGGGCAUGGCCCUCAGCAGCAUCGGCGGUCUGAUUCUCGACAGAACAGUGAGUGAUCCCAACUUUGAAGGUAUGGCGAUCUUUACACCAAUGAUCAACGGUCAGACCUUCAUCCUCUGGUCCCUGGGGGCCCCCCUCCUCCAGGUCAGACCUUCACCCUCGGGUCCCUGGGGGCCCCCCUCCUCCAGGUCAGACCUUCACUCUCUGGUCCCUGGGGGCCCCCCUCCUCCAGGUCAGACCUUCAUCCUCUGGUCCCUGGAGGCCCCCCGCCUCCAGGUGGUGCUGCUGCUCUACAGGGCCGACCUGAUGGUGCGCUGGAUGUGGAGCCGCAGGGUGGUCCCUGAUUCCUCCUCCAUCCCAUACCUGACCACCCUGGGGUAG